AUGGACAUUAGAAAAUAUUUACUAAGUAACAAAAAAAAUUUACCAGCUAAUAUCUCAUGCAAUUUAUGCCCUGUUGAAAAUGAUAAGCAUGAUAUAAAUACACGAGGCUCUAUUGAAAAUAAUAAGGAUGAUGUAAAUACACCAGAAUUUAAAAUUAAACACCUAGUCAUAGUUUUAACUAAAUUAAAAUUGCCAGUACAAACCACUUUGGAUAUACCCAAACGUAGGAGGGAAGAAAAUGAUCUUGAUACACUCAUUUAUAUACCCAAAGACCAUAUAAAAUCACUACCUAGUACAAAUUUAGAUAUAUCAAGUAUUACAUUUAAUAAAAAUGAUGAUAGUCAACAAAAUGAACAUACCAAAUCACUAAUUAAUAUAGAAAAUCAAAAUUUUAAUGAUGAACUUGAUAUCAUAAGCAACAAUUUACCACCCACAUCAGAAAAUCAAAAUUUUAAUGAUGAACUUGAUACCAUAAGCAACAAUUUACCACCCACAUCAGAAAAUCAGAAUUUUAAUGAUGAACUUGAUACCAUAAGCAACAAUUUACCACUCACCUCAGAAAUACCUAGAUACUCUAUAAAAAAUUAUGAUAAAAAUAAGCUAAAUACACUUGAUCACUUCAAAUCUCUACCUAGUAAAAGUAUAUCAAGUAUCACAUUGAAGAAGAAUGAUAGUAGUCAACAAAAUAUUAUAGGCUGUAUCAAUUUAGAAUUUAAAGGAAUAUCUCAAUUAAUAUUCACACCAAGGGGUAAAAAAAAUAGUGAUAACAAACAAAAAAAUACACUAAGUCACAACAAAUCACUAUCUAAUAAAUAUAUAUAAAAAAUCUAGGGAGAAUUUAAAUGGAAAUGAAGUUCCACUCAUGUCAGCAAUUCCCACAUACUCCAGAAAACUAAAGGAUAAUAGACAACCAAUUAUACUAGAUCAUUUAGAACCAUCACCUACUACAAGUGAUAUAGUCUAUUACUUUAUACUUAUAAUAAUCAAAAGUUGGUUCCAAAGCUAACAUGUCAUCUAUGAUUAUUAGCCUAGGUUUCUCAAUAUUAAUUUUAAACAUCUAUCAUAUAUUGGUAAAAAAAUAUUGCCAACACAAUUUUGAUUUUUUCACUUUGAAGGAUAUCG